GCGACAGAGCCAGUGGUAAUGGUAUUUCCUGGUGACGGAACCGAAGGCCAUGGGCAGUCAGGAGGUACUGGGCCAGGCGGCCCGGCUGGCCUCGUCCGGUCUCCUUCUGCAGGUGUUGUUUCGAUUGAUCACCUUUGUCUUGAAUGCAUUUAUUCUUCGCUUCCUAUCUAAAGAAAUUGUUGGCAUAGUGAAUGUAAGACUGACACUACUUUACUCAACCACUGUCUUCUUGGCCAGAGAGGCCUUCCGCAGAGCUUGUCUGAGUGGAGGUGCCCAGCGGGACUGGAGGCAGACCCUCAACCUCCUGUGGCUAACAGUCCCAUUAGGUGUGUUUUGGUCUUUGUUCCUGGGCUGGGUCUGGCUGCAGUUGCUUGAAGUACCUCAUCCUGAUGUGGUCCCCCACUAUGGAACUGCAGUAGUAUUAUUUGGUCUCUCAGCAGUGGUGGAACUUCUAGGAGAGCCCUUCUGGGUCUUGGCACAAGCACAUAUGUUCGUCAAGCUCAAGGUGGUUGCCGAGAGCUUGUCAGUAAUCCUCAGGAGCAUCCUCAUAGCUUUGCUUGUGCUGUGGUUGCCUCACUUGGGACUGUACAUCUUCUCUUUGGCCCAGCUUUUUUAUACUGCAGUCUUGGUGCUUUGCUAUGUUUUUUAUCUCACAAAGUUACUGAGUUCCCCAGAAUCAGUCAAGCAACAAACUCUUCCUGUCUCCAGAAUAACAGAUCUAUUACCCAGCAUUACAGGAAGCAGAGCUUUUGUAAAUUGGAAAGAGGCUAAAUUGACUUGGAGUUUUUUCAAACAGUCUUUCUUGAAACAAAUUUUGACAGAAGGUGAGCGAUAUGUGAUGACAUUUUUUAACAUAUUAAAUUUUGGCGACCAGGGUGUAUAUGACAUAGUUAAUAAUCUUGGGUCCCUGGUUGCAAGGUUAAUUUUCCAGCCCAUAGAGGAAAGUUUUUAUUUGUUCUUUGCUAAGGUGCUGGAGAGGGAAAAGGAUGCCACACUUCAGAAGCAGGAGGACAUUGCUGUCGCCGCUGCGGUUUUGGAGUCGUUGCUCAAGCUGGCCCUGCUGACCGGCCUGACCAUCACUGUUUUUGGCUUUGCCUAUUCUCAUCUGGCUCUGGAUAUUUAUGGAGGGACCAUGCUUAGCUCGGGAUCAGGUCCGGUUUUGCUGCGUUCCUACUGUCUCUAUGUCCUCCUGCUUGCCAUCAAUGGAGUAACCGAGUGCUUCACAUUUGCUGCCAUGAGUAAAGAGGAGGUCGACAGGUACAAUUUUACAAUGCUGGCACUGUCAUCUUCAUUCCUGGUGUUGUCCUAUCUCCUGACCCGUUGGUGUGGCAGUGUGGGCUUCAUCUUGGCCAAUUGCUUUAACAUGGGCAUUCGGAUCACACAGAGCCUUUGCUUCAUUCACUGCUACUACCGAGGGAGCCCACACAGGCCUCUGGUGGGCCUGCGCCUGUCGCCCACCCUUCUGGGGGUACUUGCCCUUGCUGGUGGGAUUACUGGUACUUCAGAGGUGUUCCUCUGCUGUGACCAAGGCUGGCCUGCCAGGCUGGCACAUGUUGCUGUGGGGGCCUUCUGCUUAGGAGUGACUCUGGGGACAGCAUUCCUCACCGAGACCAAGCUCAUCCACUUUCUGAAGACUCAGUUGGGUGUGUCCAGACUCGCUGACAAAAGGACAUGAUUUCAGGGGUCCUUGGCACUGGACCAGUGGGGGAAGUUCUUGGACAGAGUGCACUGCUGUGCAAAAGCCCAGCCAAGGGAUGUGUAGCAGAGCGAGAGCCACCCCGUAGUAAGAACCAUGGAUCAAACCCUGACCACUUGCGGGAGGAGUUAAGUUUUUAAGUGAAGACCAAAAAGCCCUUUUAAAAUAGAUGCAUCCUUUUUGUUAUUUUUUUUUUAAAUCUGCCUUUUUUCCUUUUUAUGAAUGAACUAAUUCCUAUGGGGUGUCAUUGAACUUUGGAGCUGUGUGCUUCAACAAACUAUCAUAGAUGUUAAUAAUUAUAUGGCUAAGAAAAUUAAAUUAAAAAAUAAUUAUCUGGCCAAGGAAAAGAGGUGUAGCCAUUUACCCUUCACAGGAAUAUUUAGUUUCUUCAGUAAAAGAAGGAAGGAGUCAGACACCAUGGUAUACACAUCUGAACUCCCAGCACCAAGGGAAGCUAAGGCAGGAGGACCAGAAAUUUGAGUUAGCAUCUGACACCUUAGCAAGACCCUUUCUCAAAGUGAAAAAAAAGGGCAAAGGAUGAAGCUCAGUAUGCACUGCGUAAGCACAGAGUGUGGCUUUCCCUGUGUCAGUGCUGCGCUCUGCAUUUUUAGAGAAGAAAAGAUAUUAGUGAGCAAUCCAAGAAACACAGCUUUGAAGCUUUUCUGAUCCCUCUUCCAGAGAGGGAGGGAGACGCUUGCUGGUCACGGUCAUUGUAGCCCCUGGGUCAGCUCAUGCCUUCCCCAGCAUGUGCCCUCAGGAGACCCGGAGUGGAGGGAGGGGAACUCCUGUAGACUCUAGAUCUGGCCACCUGAAAGAGGGACUUGGAAGGGAACGAAUCCAGGGUAAGCUGUUUUGCUCCCUGAGGGGACUGUUGUGUGGCAGCUUUCUGUAAUUUCAUGCAUGGGAAUUGAGGGCUAAAAUGAAAAAUGUCUCUUUUUAUCAGAAUAAAAUAAUAAGAUGGGAUAAAUUCUAUAUGGCAAG